GAUCUGCGGCGGGCGGGGCGCGCGGGCGGCUGCGCGGCGGGCGGCGGCCAUGGCGGCUCCGCGCUGACGCCUCCUCCCGGCCGCCGUCUCCUCCCCGCCCGCUCGCCCGCGCGCCCGGCCCGCUCCCCCUUCACCCCGACGCCGCCCUCGCCCGCCCCCCUCCCCUCUCCCACCAUGCCCGGCAUGAUGGAGAAAGGGCCCGAGCUCCUGGGCAAGAGCCGCGCGGCCGGCGGCGGCGCCAAGAGCCCGGCGGGCGGCGGGGGCGGCGCGGCGGCCACCAACGGCGGGCUGGCCUCGUCGGAGCCCGAGAGCGGCGGCAGCAGCGACGACGAGCACGGUGAUGUUGGGAUGAGAGUCGGCGCCGAAUACCAAGCUCGGAUCCCGGAAUUCGAUCCAGGUGCUACAAAAUACACGGAUAAGGACAAUGGAGGGAUGCUCGUGUGGUCCCCGCAGCACAGUGUGCCUGAUGCCAAGCUGGAUGAGUACAUUGCGAUUGCGAAGGAGAAGCAUGGCUACAAUGUGGAGCAGGCACUUGGCAUGUUGUUCUGGCAUAAACAUAACAUUGAGAAGUCCCUUGCCGAUCUCCCUAAUUUCACUCCCUUCCCGGAUGAGUGGACGGUGGAAGAUAAAGUCCUGUUUGAACAAGCCUUUAGUUUCCAUGGGAAGAGCUUCCACAGGAUCCAGCAGAUGAACAAACAGGAACAUUCAUUCAGAAACAUCAGUGGUACGACUGUGGUUAUACAGCUUCCAGACAAGACAAUUGCUAGCCUUGUAAAAUAUUACUAUUCCUGGAAAAAAACUCGAUCUAGGACAAGCUUGAUGGACCGCCAGGCUCGUAAACUAGCAAAUAGACAUAAUCAGGGUGACAGUGAUGAUGAUGUGGAAGAAACACAUCCCGUGGAUGGAAAUGACAGUGACUACGACCCCAAAAAAGAAACCAAGAAAGAGGGCAGCGCCGAGCAGCCUGUGCAAACCAGCAAGGGGGGCCUUGGGCGCAGGGAAUACCAGAGCCUGCAGCACCGCCACCACUCCCAGCGUGCCAAGUGCCGGCCGCCCAAGGGCAUGUACCUGACCCGGGAAGACGUGGCCGCUGUGUCUUGCAGCCCCAAUGCCGCCAGCACCAUCCUACGGCAGCUAGACAUGGAGCUGAUCUCACUGAAGCGCCAGGUUCAGAAUGCUAAACAAGUCAACAGCGCACUUAAACAGAGAAUGGAAGGUGGGAUUGAAGAAUUCAAACCCCCUGAGUCGAAUCAGAAAAUUAAUGCCCGUUGGACCACCGAGGAGCAGCUUCUAGCAGUGCAAGGUGUCCGCAAAUACGGUAAAGAUUUCCAAGCUAUUGCAGAUGUAAUUGGCAACAAGACUGUUGGCCAAGUGAAGAACUUCUUUGUAAACUACAGGCGUCGGUUUAACUUAGACGAGGUCUUGCAGGAGUGGGAAGCAGAGCGAGGAACCCAGGCUUCUAAUGGUGAUGCUUCUGCUUUAGGGGAGGAGACCAGAGGUGCUUGUCAUGAGCCGCCAGGGAAGAGCGCUGAUGAAGAAGAGGAGGCGCCUCGGACUCUGGGUCCCUCACCUCCUGCCCCAGCGUCCACUCCAACACCCUCAGCCCCCGUGGCCACGCUGAACCAGCCUCCGCCGCUGCUCCGGCCCAGCCUGCCUACAGCCCCAGCACUCCAUCGGCAGCCGCCCCCGCUGCAGCAGCAGGCGCGCUUCAUCCAGCCCCGGCCCAGCCUCAACCAGCCGCCGCCCCCUCUCAUCCGCCCCGCUAACUCCUUGCCACCCCGUCUAAACCCCAGGCCUGUGUUGUCCACGGCUGGGGGUCAGCAGCCACCGUCACUCAUUGGCAUUCAGACAGACUCGCAGUCCUCACUGCACUAGAGACCCAGGCAGACACGGGAGGAAGGACCCAGCCCUGUGGUCCCCGAGCGGCCACGGACAAUGCCUCAGCUCUCGGGGCUGAAGUGGGAAACAGCCAGAGGCUGCAGGUCAUUUUUCAGUGUGAUCUCAAAAAGGAAAAAUACGAUCAAGUAUUCUAUAUAUCAAAGCGGGGGUGCUUUUGUUUUUACUGUAUUUAUUUUAUCAAGGUUCUUUCUAUUCCGCCUCUUCAUAGUCAAGGUUCUUAGACGGGAAGAUUGAUUUAGGGAUUGUGAAAACUCCUUAAGUUUCAUAAGGACGUUGGACUUUUCUCUUCUAUCUCUAAUUUAAUGUUUGAUGUCAUUUUCCUAUGUUAGGAGUGCAAGAUGAAAUACCCUGCAUUUCAGAUCCAACAUAUGUUCAUUUUAAUGCCUGUUUAAAAACUAUAGCUGUGUAUCCCUUUUUUUUUUUUUCAAAAAAAGUCUUGCUUUUUUUUCUAAAGGAAUUUUGAUCUAUUCCUUUAAAAGAAAGCAAUUUUAUCAAUUGCAAAGCAAUUAUAUAAAACCACAAAGAAUGUACUGACUGAACCUGCUAAUCUUAGCAUACAGUUCAGGGUGCUGUGCCCCUGGGGACCCCACGGUUGCAGCCUGCCAUCGGCAGGAGCAGAGGACGGGAAAAGUUUGCUCCACAUAUCCAUGAUGACUUAGUUGUGGGAGAAUAACAUCUUUAAGUUCCUUGGAAUGGAAUUCACGCUUUGAUUUUUUUUUAAUGUUUCUAAAUUCUAUAUGCUUUUAAUUCGUAGUUGCCUAUAUUUGAGGACUGAAAAUUCUAUUUUAUCGGUUAUGUGGAGAUAGUGGUUAAGGAAGCACUUAUUUGCAAUGCCCUUUCUGGGGUUAGUUUCCGAACUUAAACUUGCCCUCAUACAUACUGGUGUGGUCUGCUUUUAACAGGAAGAUCACGUUCUUGAUAAACUUCUGUUGUACCACUUGGAUAUAUUUGUGUAUGGCAGCCAAGGAAUUCCUGGACUCUUGAGUUUAGUUUAGGGUUAAAUAAUCAGCUUUAUUUCACAUAAUAAAUUUAAGAAUCUGUUUUGUUAUCUAGAGAUAUAUCCAUAUAUUGUCAGUUGUAUUGCUGAAAAUGCCAAAACCCUUUUAUAGAGAAACAAGGAAACAUUCCAAGUUGCAGCUGAGUACAUGGUUGUGGAACAAGCACCCACCGAGGCUGUCCCAGCCGUGAGCACCCAUGAAGGCUGUGAGCACCCACCGAGGCUGUCCCGGCCGUGAGCACCCACGAAGGCUGUGAGCACCCACCGAGGCUAUCCCGGCCGUGAGCACCCAUGAAGGCUGUGAGCACCCAUCGAGGCUGUCCCAGCCGUGAGCACCCACCGAGGCUGUCCUGGCCGUGAGCACUCACGAAGGCUGUGUGCACCCACCAAGGCUGUUCUGGCCUUGAGCACCCACUGAGGCUCUCCCGGCCUUGAGCACCCACCGAGGCUAUCCCAGCUGUGAGCACCCCUAGAGCCUGUCCCAACCGUGAGCACUGACAUUCACAAUCCCGGCUGUGCACUCUCUUGGUUUCUCUGCGAGGGUCUGGUGAGGGCCAGAUCCCAGAGGCUGCUUCACUAGAGAGCUCAGGCUGAAUGUCAGCCUCAUCCACUCAAACUGCUUCAUGAGGGCUGGAGAGAUAAGUGGGCAGAGCACUUAGCGUGCACACAGCCAACCUGGGCUUGAUCCUUGGCACCCCAUAUGGUUCCCCCAAACUCCUCCCAGAGUGAUCCCUGAGUGCAGAGCCAGGAGUCAGCCCUGAGCACUGGCAGGUGUGCCCAAAGACCAAGACCUUAAGAAGAUCACUAAGUCCCCACCCACACCCGGGAGGCUGUGUGACCCUGCCAGUGAUGCUCAGGCCAAAAUCCACUGCUGGGUGGAAUGGGAAGUUUAGGUCCUGACUGGCCUUGAGCCCCUUUAGUUGACAUCUGAGAAUACUUUGCAGGAUGUAGCCUUUUUCUGGAUGGGAACCAAAGAGAAUCUAGUCAGGAAUUUGUCCCUCCUUUGCUUGAAAGGCCUGGGGACACUAACCUAUGACUCAGGGCCACUAUUUGGGCCGCCUGCAGCUGUAUGCACUCUCAGCUUUUCCUGUCUGUCAGUGGCCAGCGCCUCCUCAUGCCACUGUCCAGUGUAGCGAGGGCUCCACCCCCAUCCAUCUGUCCUUGCCCUGGGCCCUGCCCUCAGAGCUCACAGCAGGGACCCUCGUUCCAUUAGUAUAAGACACGUGUAGAUAGUGAUGUCACAAUUGUGUGCUUGGCAUAUUCUGUAAACUAUUUGCACGCCAUUAUUUUUCUUUUUUGUUUAAGCAGUGUUUGGCCUGGAAGACUGAUAUGCUUGCUGCUUAACCCAAGGAUUAAAGAGUUAACGAUG